AUGUUUGUGGCAUCUUACCUGGGCAGCUGCGCUGCCAGCAUGGCCGGCUACUGCGCAUGCUGGACCUGCUCCACUGUGACGCGCGAGACGAUGCGGCGCAGUGCGCGUCUGGCGUACAGCUUCCUGUUCUUCCUGGCCAUCCUCAUCAGCUGGGCGGGACGCGACCUGGCAAAGCCUUUGAUUGAGAAAAUUCCCUGGAUCAUGCGGGCAGCGACAGGCUUCGAGCCCAGCGACAAGUGGUUUGGGCAGCAGGCCGUCUACCGCAUCAGCAUGGGCAGCUUUCUGUUCUUUGGCACGAUGUCCUUGGCGCUGCUGGGCGUGCGCACCAAGGGCGACAAGCGCGGCGCCUAUCUGCACCAGGGCAACUGGGCCGCCAAGCUGGCGGCGUGGCUGGUUUUCAUCGCGCUGCCCUUCUUUUUCCCGAACGGCCUCGUGGUCGCGUACGGCUGGGCCGCACGCUUUGGCAGCGGGCUGUUCCUGAUCAUCCAGAUGCUCAUCCUGGUCGACUUCACUGCGGCUUGGAACGAGUCCUGGGUGGCCGCGGGAGAGGACGAUGACCGCUGGCUCUAUGCGCUGCUCGGCCUCACGGUCGCGUCCUACGCUGGCGUGCUCGCCAUCGCCGGCCUGCUGUUUGCGUUCUUCAAGCCAGGCGGUGCCGGUAGCUGCGGCCUCAACGUCUUCCUGAUCACCUUUUCCCUGCUGCUGUGCGUUGCCUUCAGCAUGCUGAGUGUGCUGCCAUGCAGCCGUGGCGGGAGCCUGUUCCCUUCGGCCAUCACCUCGCUGUACGUCAUGUACCUCUGCUACAGCGCGCUGCAGAGCGAGCCCAAAGACUACGCUUGCAAUGGGCUCGCACACCGCAUCAACGCCGCCAGCGGCAGCACCCUUGUCAUCGGCAUGCUCGUCACCCUGCUGUCUGUCGUCUACUCGGCUCUGCGUGCGGGGUCCAACUCUCAACUCUUCACUCUGGCGGAUGACAAUGACGACAUUGCUGCCACCAGCGCCGGCCGGCCCCUGCUUGAUGCGGAGGCUGUGGGCGAUAGCGCUGAUGGUGCCGCACCCGCAGCAGUGUCGGCAAGCCGCGCUCCAGGUGCGGACGCGACCGCGGCCCUGGACGACUACACCCCUGUCAGCUACAACUACAGUUUCUUCCACCUUAUCUUUGCGCUGGCUUCCAUGUACAUCGCAAUGCUGAUGACGGGGUGGGGCGCUGUCGAGCAGGAGAAGGAUCGCGUGGACGUUGGAUGGACGAGCGUGUGGGUCAAGACGGGGGCCGAGUGGGUCACAGCACUCCUGUACUCGUGGACCCUUGUGGCGCCCGUGCUGUUCCCUGAACGCUUUGCUUGA